AACUACUAACUAAUAAAAUCAGUUGGCUAGCUCCAAAUCUCCUGAUUACUCUUUCAAGCUAGCUAAUUCCAAGUUAAAUCUACCAAAAGUUUGAGUAAUCUCCAAAGAUAUAAUAACAUCUUGGUAACCAUGGCGGCCACGAUGAUCAAAGUUGUUGUCUGCAUGAUGGCUAUCAGCACCGCACUCACAGUUCUUCUCACCAUGAAGGAUUCAGGUUUCCAUGGAAAGAGUAGCAGCAACAUUGAUAUUUCUUCAAGUUCCGCGAAAGAAACCAACGCUGAAGACGUCCUCGUCACGCCAUACAAAAGGGUUAACCGUUUUCUUGCUGAGGAGAGAAACCCAAGGGCCGCUGAUCACUGCCACAAAGACUACGAAGUCUGCACUUUGCAAGGCACAAACUCCACUUGCUGCAACAACAAGUGUUUGGAUCUAGCAACUGACAAGAAGAACUGCGGAGCAUGCAAGAAGAAAUGCAAGUACACGGAUACAUGCUGCAGGGGAGAAUGUGUUGAUACUACUUACGAUAAAAGGCAUUGUGGAGAAUGCAACAAUCGCUGCUCGCCUGGGGGAUACUGCAUUUACGGUCUCUGCGAUUACGCUUAAGAUCCGAGCUUAACACAUUUCUGUUUAUUUAUUAGGCGAUCGAUGAGGUUUGCCAAUAUUUAUUCAUACGCACUAUCAAUAAAGAUAAGCCAAAGCUUGUGAUUAUAAAUGAUUAAUUAUAUAAGUAAAUAUGCAAACCUGAUUUAUAUAUGAAUCCUCGAGGAUUUCUACCAAGAGAUAUUGUAACGUGUUUGGAUGACCUUCGCAUUAAUAAAUUUUGUUACUAUUGUCGA